UUUUCUAAAUCCUACAUGUACGUACAUACAUACAUACAUACAUAUAAAAACAGUAACCGAAAAUAAGAAGUAAUCAUUUGUUUCGCACUUGUUCGGUACUGUCGAUUGACCCAAAGAAAUAUGAAGUGUUUGGUCGCAUUAAUCUUCUGCACUGUCUUCUCUUUGCCAGAAGCUUCAUAUUUGUCAAGUCAUGCUUCCGUAUCAGUAGGUCCUACAACAAAUGGAGCUAUUGUAAAAGGUCCAGCGUCGGCAAGUGCCAUUGUCGGACCCGACGGAAGUCGUAUCACCUCUGCAGCUGAUUCUGGAAGCAUUUCCGUGGGUACUACCCAAGGUGGAGCUAUUUCCAGAGCUCACAAUUUAGGAUACGUUCCUCGUAAACCAGUGUAUGCCUCGUAUGCAUCAAACACACCCCAUUUUACCUCUUAUGUAGCCUCCAUCCCACCCUUUGGUUCGUAUACUUCACACAUUACUCCUUAUACUAUACACGAUCCUGAAGGACACCUCCUUACGCCUCUUCCAUACGCCUUUGCGACUCCACUUGUGAAAUCUGGCACAGUUAUUAGCGGACCUUCUGGUACCAUUAAAACAUCUGGUUCUGCACAUGGAUACAUCGCAAAGAUACCAUAUCAAAGCCACUACGUGUGGUAACCAAAGGAACUUCCCUAUUAAUUAAUUUUCUAGUGAAUAUUUUAGUGUAAUAAAUUGUAUUGUUAACUAUGUAUUGCC